AUGUACCUUGAUAUAGUGAAUUUGCAUAGGAAACUUGGUGCUACUGAUAUUGCAAUAAUUUCUAGCAUAGUAUAUCUUACAUGGAUAUCACUACCACUAUGGUUUAGUGGAUUGCAUGAUCGAGGUCCUGGGUUCAAGUCCCAGAUCGGGUCAAGUUCAGUUGUCGAGUAUUUCUGUCAAGAAAUUCUCACUAACAACUCGGAGUUGGGAGCACGAAGAGCAUGUAAAGCCGUGUAUCCUGUGUCU